AUGUUACAAGUUAAAGAAGAUAUCGAUGAAUAUUGUAACCCUAGAAAACCCAGGAUCCUAAAUUACCUAGAUGUAGUUCAAGCUGCGAAAUUAUUAAAACCACAUAUUAAAGCAACCCCAUGCGUGCCAGCACGUACGCAAGAAGAAUUCGGAAUAAACAUCUAUUAUAAACUGGAAUUCUUGCAUCGCAGCGGGUGUUUUAAAGAAAGAGGAGCACUGUAUGCUCUUCUAAAAAUACCAGUUAAUAGAAGGAAACUUGGAGUAAUUAUCGCAGCAACGGGUAACGAAGCAAUCGGUUUAUGCUACCAUGCAAAGAAGUUGAGUAUUUCUGCCACUAUAGUUGCCCCAGUUACCCUACCACUUUCCAAAGUACACAAAAUUAAUAGUAUGGAUGGAAAAUUAAUUCUUUACGGAAGCACCUUCGCAGAAGCUAUAACACAUGCUCGUGCCUUGGCAAAACAGAAAGGAAUGGUGUAUAUCAACAUACGUGAUCAUCCGCACGCCCUCGCUGGUUUUGGCACCCUUGGUUUGGAAAUCAUGGAGCAAGCCCCUUUUGCCGAUGCCAUUCUAGUGCCAAUAGGCACAGGUGCUCUGGCUGCAGCUAUUGCAACCGUUGUCAAACAAAAAAAACCAUCUUGCCUCGUUUAUGGUGUUGAAUCUGAGAACCUGGGCUUAAUGACUAAGUCACUGGAGAAGGGUGAGCCGGUGUCUAAUCUCUCAACAGCGGUUGGUAGCCUCGCUGGCAAUGCACUAAGUGUCAAUGUUAUCGGUGUCAACGCGUUUGCCAGCGCAAAUUCUUUGCUGGAUAGAGUGCUACUCGUAAAAGAGGACUGGAUAGCCCGUGCUAUGUUACAUUUAGCAGAAAGAGAGAAAUUCAUAGUAGAAGGCACUGCAGCCUGCACAUUAGCAGCUAUCUUAGGAUUUCUUGUACCUGAACUUAAACAAAAAAAUGUUAUCUGUCUCCUCACAGGAGGCAAUGUUGACAGUUUAAUGCUCAAUCGCAGCUUACAGAGAGGUUUGACCGCUGAAGGACGUCUGGUAAAGUUUAAGGUCGGUGUGUAUAAUAAGCCAAAUGCUGCAUCAGAUUUAAUGAAGUUAUUGGCAACUAGAGGCUACAAUAUAAUUACCCACUUUAUAGAUAACUGUUGGACAGAGGGCGACACCUGUCGAGCUGAGAUGAAAAUUGUAGUUGAAUCGAGAAAUUUGGAGCAUUCUUUUGACUUAAAACGAAUUAUUGAUAGAGAAUAUCCUGAUACUGCAGUAUUCGAUAAUGACCUGUUGAGCAACAAAAGAUGUUACGGCAGCGUAUGUAAGGAUCCUCACGGCAAAAGAAGUAAACUGGGUAUUUCGUGA